AUGUGCACCUUUGGUAAGUGAAUCGCCUAUUUCAUAUCAUUGUGCGUCAUAACGUACACAUGUGCGUAAAGUCCGUCCACUGUCGUUGUUCUGACCAUAGGCCUGCAGGUGAGCUGAUACGGUUUCAUUUUACCAACUGAGUUACCAGGGAGACGUAUAAAUAAUGUGGUUUAUCUGCAGAGCUGAUGAGAUGUUGCUAAAUAUAGAGAAUGGCCCGAAAAGAGCAAUAAUGAAACAUUUGAAUGACUUAAAAGCAUCUCUCCACCACACUGCACUACACCCUCCCAUUUCUGACUCACUCGGUACACAAGAGGCCACCACAGCGAGUGUGAAAGCAGCCUCUCUGUGCAAAUCCGUGUGUCCACCCCCAACUUACAAUGUCCCUGAAAAGAGGUGUUGUUGAUAACUUGUUCAGAUUAAAUUCAUGCACAUGGAAAAUACUGCUUCUUUCUCCAUUCUUAUGAGAUACUGCGAAUUUGGUUCCAUGUUCCUUUAAAGUCAAAACACUACAUGCAGUGGUUUAGUCAUUUACUUCAACACUAGAGAAACCUCUAGAGGAAAUAAUUAACCAUAGCUGAUGCAUAAAAGGCUCUAUGUUAUCAGUAAGAAAGGUAAAUAGAUAAAUAGCAGCUGCAUUAACUUUUGUUGCAUCGAUAUCUACAACUGUGUAUUCACUGACGGAGCAAUAGAGUGAUCAUGACUGUGUUUAAGUAAGCCAAUGAAUUGUGUAUGAGGCAUGCACAUAUCUUAUUUUAACUCAUAGUUUCUCCAUCUUUUAAUUUUUGUCUUUUUGUAUCUAUGCUAUGCUGCUGCAAUUUUGUAAUUUCCCCCUGUGGGACUAAUAAAGGAACAUCUUAUCCCUCAUCUUAUCUUUGUUUUGAAAGAAUAUUUUCAGUUGAUUAAUUUUAAUACCUUUAUUAAAAUCUAGUUCUUGUCAAGGUAUGGCACAGAAUAAAUGGUAAGCACUGUUUGUCUGAUGUUCGGAUUGAAUGUUUUAGUACCAGCCCCUUUUUAAGAUCUAAUCAAAGCAGUGUCACAGUUGCUAUUUUCAUCAAAGCUGCAUAUCUUGUCUCCUUGUCAUCCAGAUAAGGAAAAGGGGCCGAGCAGGCUGAUGAAAAAGGGGUUAACUCUUAUCCUGGUUGGUCAUGUAAACUUCAUCCUGAGUGCCAUCGUCCAUGGAAACGUUCUCCGGCACAUUUCAAAACCGAACCAGCAAAUCACAACUGAAUACACUGUGGCCAAUGUCAUCUCUGUCACCUCUGGUCUACUGGUAAGUCUACAGUUAAAACAUGUAUCCUUUGUUCUGGUGUCAAAUUGUGCAGCAAAGAUAUCUAGGUAUACUUGUCAGAAAUUAAUUGAAAUAUUAAUUUCCCUCAUUUGAAAAAACAUUUUGACCUACAGUUAAAAAACUGUCAGCAGUGAUUUACACUGUUAGGUCUGUAAGGUGCCGCAUCCUCACAGCUAUCAUGACUGAACUUGCCUACCAUAAUAGAGCUUGUUUUUCAAACCAGUCUGUAGUUGCUCAAGGGCAGGCCUCAUGACCUGAUAAUGAUCAGAUACACUGGCAACUGUUGACGAGGAGAUGGUGUAAAUGUCACAUUAUGUAAAAAAAUAUACCACAUAUCAUGUACUUACACGGGGAAUCACAAGGAAGACAAGUUAUAAAAUAAAUUUUACUGGCUUUGUGUCGAUGUUGUUUUAAAUGUCAGGAGUUAGACAUCCAUGUCUCUUUUGUGUCUGAAGUGUAAACAGCCUUAAAAUGAGUCAAAUAUGCAGCUUUUCCGGUUUGUUUGAGGAUCUACAGUUGUGCACACACUCCACACUGUGGUUAGUUUAAAAUGAUCGCAUUUUCAUUUGUGUCUGUCAGAGCAUUGCUGCAGGAAUUAUUGCCAUUGUGAUGUCCAGGAACCUUCACGUGAUAAAACUGGUAAUAACUGAAUUUGCUUUGUCAACAUUUUUCUCUGUUCCCUCACAAAAGUAUCCUCACACCUUGUUUUUAUAUAAUUUUCUCUCUGUGUCUCUAGCAAAUAGGACUUAUAGUGGUUUCAAUCCUGAAUGCCCUGCUCUCAGCAGCAUGCUGUAUUGGGCUCCUCUUGGCCAUCAGUGUCACUAUUGCCAACAAUGGGCAGGGUUUGAUGCAUGGAUGCAAUGACACAGAGGUGCCCAUCAAUGCUCGGUCACCUAUCAGUGCCCGAUGUCCAUUUGAUACAACUCGAAUUUAUGUGAGUUUAAACCUCUUUUCAAAACCACUUCUUUACAUUACAGUCUGCCUUGAUUCAUCGGUCAUUCUCUCUGGGCUUGCUUUAAUUGAGAUAUGACCAUCAAUAAAAAAAAAUCCUAGGAGAAAAUUCCUUUUACUUUGUUACUUUAUUUCAAACAUUUUUCUCCUGUCUCUCAGGACACCACCCUGGCUUUGUGGGUUCCCUGUGCUUUGUUGGCAGCAUUUGAGGCUGGACUGUCUGUCUGGUGCUUUAUCGUUGGACUGGCUCUGAGAGGGGUGGAGCCCUGCAGAAAGAGUUACAUCAAAGAGCAGGUGUGUGUGUGUGUCUUUGUGUGAGGGGGUGGGUGGGUAUCCUUGAAGGGUGUGACUGUGCUGUGAGUGCGUCUGAUCAUCUGUGUAACUCAGACUUAAAAACACAGUGAUCUUUUCUCACUUAGUCUGUAUGACACUAAAUAAAAUAACAUCAAGUAAAAAACACUUUUAUGGAUUCUGGCUGAUGCUAUUUUUUCUCUUUUCCAGUUGGAGGGAGAGGCUGAGUGCUCCCCUCACAGCCAGCGUCUGAUUGGACGGCGCUCUAACCCUGAUGCCUAA